AUGACAGACAAUGAUAAUCAAGUAAUUCAAUUUGAGGAAGAUGACUAAGAAUAAGAAGUAACCAAGCAAAUAAUUUAAAUAGGAUAAUCUUUAACAAAAAUCUGGAAAGGAAUAAAAUAAUGAAUAACUUAAUAAUUAUGAUUAAAACUAUAAUCAAGGACAACAACCAGAUUCUAAUGAUUUUAAACCAUUAGAAUCUGAAAAAUAACCUAUCUAAGUAGUUCCUGAAGCUGAAGAAGGCUUUUUAAAUCGAAUUAAAGGAUGCUCUUGUAGGAGACAGACAGAUGAAAAAACAGAUGAAAAUAAUGAAGGAUGUAUUGCAAAGUUAGAUAGAUUUAUAUAGAAAUACUUUACUCCUACAUAUUUACUUCUAGUUUAUUAUUCUGUCUUUUCUACUGCUUUACUUUUUUCACUUAAAUUGAUAAUAUAGGAUUAAGAUUUGUAUCAUGCUGAAAUUUUAGGAGUAUUAUUUUAAAUAUAAUUAGGGUUUAUUUCUAUUUGUUCAACUUUUGAAAGGUUUAUUAAUAUAUUUUUUGAAUGAUGAAUGGCUUGAUGAACUACCAUAUUUAGAUAGUUCCUUUGAGAAUGGAUGGAGAUAGUUUAAGAUAACAUUCUUUAUUAUCACUAAUUUAGAUAUUUGCUAUUGGAUCUAUUACAUAUAUGUAUAAAAUAAAAAAGAUAGUACAAUUGAACAUAUGAUGACAUUAUGUAGAAUGCUUGAUGCAUUAUUAUUCAACUUCCCUUUAAUGAUAGUGUUUUUCUAUCUUUAAAUGUAAGACUUAGAAAAUAUUUAAAUACCCUAUUUAGUUAUUGCAGGUCUUAAUUUAAUCUCUAUAGUGAAUGGAUUUAUGCAUUUAAAUUUUUUUGCUGGAAGUUCAUUUUUAAGUAUUAGAUGGAGUAUUUAAUUUAUUUGUGAAUUAUAUGUCAAACUUCUCUUAGUUGUUUCAGUUUAUAUAAAAUUAUAGGAAUUUAAUAUUUAAUAUGAAUAUUUUGGGUUAUUUUGCCUAUGUGGCCUUAUUUAAUUUUAUUUAUUCUCUGAUGAAUAAGAUUUUACAGGAUAGAUAUUAUCAAUAAUCUAUUUCUAAUUUAAAACAUUCUUUGUUAUAAUAUUUAAAGAAGAAAGCUUUGGUAUGUCAGAUUUAGACUGUGAUGCAUAGCCUGGAAUAUUGAAUGUUGUAGUUUAGAAAUCAACGUAUAAUUUAUUUAUUAUUAAGUUACUCUUAUAUUUAGAAGGCAUUUAAUUUUUGUUAAAUUAUGUCUCUUGCAUUUAUCUUUUGGCUUUUUGGUGGAUGGGAUAUUGUCAUAACAAGUUAAAUACUAUUACAUAUGUAUUUGGUGGGUUUAGGAUGCUUAGGUAUUAUAAUGUUGAAUUUGCUGUAUAUUCUUCUUAGUGGAUGGAAGAAAAAUAUGCUCAAACCUUGA